CCCGCGCUGGCCGCGGCGCGCCGCAAGGACGGCGGCCCCGCCGGCAAGUUCUGGGAGAGCCCCGACACCGUGUCCCAGCUCGACUCGGUCCGCGUGUGGCUGGGGAAGCACUACAAGAAGUACGUCCAGGCAGAUGCUCCCACCAAUAAAACCUUGGCUGGGCUGGUGGUGCAGCUGCUGCAGUUCCAGGAAGAUGCCUUUGGAAAACAUGUCACCAAUCCUGCCUUCACCAAGCUUCCUGCAAAGUGCUUCAUGGAUUUCAAAGCUGGAGGUACAUUAUGUCACAUUCUUGGUGCUGCUUACAAAUAUAAGAAUGAACAGGGCUGGAGAAGUCCCUUUCCUCGCCACAAUAGGAGGAGGUUUGACCUGCAGAAUCCCUCGCGGAUGGACCGGAACGUGGAGAUGUUCAUGACCAUUGAGAAAACACUGGUGCAGAACAACUGUCUGAGCAGACCAACCAUCUACCUCAUUCCUGACAUGGAGCUGAAGCUGGCCAACAAGCUGAAGGACAUUGUCAAACGUCACCAGGGAACAGUCACUGAAGAGAAAUCCAAGGCCACCCACCAUGUGUAUCCAAGUCCUACCUCAGUGGAUGAUGAUGAGUGGUUGAGACCUGUGAUGAAAAAGGACAAGCAGGUGCUGGUGCAUUGGGGCUUUUUUCCAGACAGCUAUGACACCUGGGUCCAUGCCAACGAGAUCGAUGCAGAAAUUGAGGAUCCCCCCAUUCCUGAGAAGCCCUGGAAGGUGCAUGCCAAGUGGAUUUUGGACACUGAUGUGUUCAAUGAGUGGAUGAAUGAGGAGGAUUAUGAGGUGGAUGAGAACAGGAAAUCCGUGAGCUUCCGCCAGAGGAUCUCCAUGAAGAAUGAAGAGCCCGUGCGGAGCCCGGAGAGGAGGGACAGGAAAGCAGCAGGCAGCACAAGGAAGAGGAAACAUUCCCCUUCUCCACCCCCCACCCCUGUGGAGUCCAGGAAAAAGACUGGGAAGAAAGGCCAAGCAGCUCUCUAUGGGAAAAGGAGGGGGCAGAAGGAGGAGGAUGAGCAGGAGGAUCUCACCAAGGACAUGGAGGAUCCCACCCCAGUACCCAACAUAGAGGAAGUGGUACUUCCCAAAAAUGUGAACCCAAAGAAGGACAGUGAGAACACGCCCGUGAAAGGAGGAACCGUGGCAGACCUGGAUGAGCAGGAUGAGGAGGCAGUGGCGACUGGAGGGAAGGAGGACGAGGACCCCAACAAGGGUGACCAGAGCCGCUCCAUCGACCCGGGGGAGGACAAUGUCACCGAGCAGACCAACCACAUCAUCAUCCCCAGCUACGCCUCCUGGUUCGACUACAACUGCAUCCACGUGAUCGAGCGUCGUGCGCUUCCAGAAUUCUUCAAUGGGAAAAACAAAUCCAAGACUCCAGAAAUAUACCUGGCCUACAGGAACUUCAUGAUCGACACGUACCGACUGAACCCGCAGGAGUACCUGACCAGCACUGCCUGCAGGAGGAACCUCACUGGGGACGUCUGUGCUGUCAUGAGGGUCCAUGCCUUCCUGGAGCAGUGGGGGCUCAUCAACUACCAGGUGGAUCCUGAGAGCCGCCCCAUGGCCAUGGGGCCCCCCCCGACCCCCCACUUCAACGUGCUGGCCGACACCCCCUCGGGGCUGAUGCCCCUGCACAUCCGCACGCCCCAGGUUCCAGCUGCCCAGCAGAUGCUGAGCUUUCCUGAGAAAAACAAGGAGAAGCCAACUGACCUGCAGAACUUUGGCCUUCGCACAGACAUCUACUCCAAAAAGACUUUGGCCAAGAGCAAAGGUGCAAGUGCUGGCAGAGAAUGGACAGAGCAGGAGACCCUGCUGCUGUUAGAGGCGCUGGAGAUGUACAAGGACGACUGGAACAAGGUGUCGGAGCACGUGGGCAGCCGCACACAGGACGAGUGCAUCCUGCACUUCCUGCGCCUGCCCAUCGAGGACCCGUACCUGGAGAACUCGGACGCGUCCCUGGGCCCCCUGGCCUACCAGCCCGUGCCCUUCAGCCAGUCAGGGAACCCCGUCAUGAGCACCGUGGCCUUCCUGGCCUCCGUGGUGGAUCCGCGCGUGGCCUCGGCCGCCGCCAAGGCAGCUCUGGAGGAGUUCUCCAGGGUCAGGGAGGAGGUGCCCCUGGAGCUGGUGGAAGCCCACGUGAAGAAGGUGCAGGAGGCAGCUCGGGCCUCGGGGAAGGUGGAUCCGACCUACGGGCUGGAGAGCAGCUGCAUUGCAGGCACGGGCCCCGAGGAGCCCGACAGGAUGGAUGGAGCUGAGGAAGAGAAGAUGGAGACGGAGGCAGAGGGGCAGCCAGCAGAGAAGGUGGAGAGCAAAGCCGAGAGUGAAGCUGAGGAGGGGGAGAAGGUCCCGGAAGGGGAGAGCGAGCGCAGCGUGGACAAGGAGCCCGAGGGGGAGGGGGCUGCAGAGCCCAAGACAGAGGAAAAGGAGGCAGAGGAGAACAAGGAGAACGUGGAUGGCAGCAAGGACAAGGAGGCUGAGGCUGGCAAGAAGAAAGUGGAGCACGAGAUCUCGGAAGGAAACGUGGCCACAGCUGCAGCUGCUGCCCUGGCCUCUGCUGCCACCAAGGCCAAGCACCUGGCAGCUGUGGAGGAGAGGAAGAUCAAGUCCCUGGUGGCCCUGCUGGUGGAGACCCAGAUGAAGAAGCUGGAGAUCAAACUUCGCCACUUUGAGGAGCUGGAAACCAUCAUGGACCGGGAGAAGGAGGCACUGGAGCAGCAGAGGCAGCAGCUGCUGACAGAGAGGCAGAACUUCCACAUGGAGCAGCUCAAGUACGCCGAGCUCAGGGCUCGCCAGCAAAUGGAGCAGCAGCACAGCCAGAACCCCCAGCAGCCCCAGCAGCACCCCAGCGGGCCUGCCAUCACCCCCCUGGGGGCUCCAGCACACCCAGGGCUGCUGCCCCACCAGCAGCCCCCUCCCUACCCCAUGAUGCACCACCAGAUGCCACCUCCUCACCCACCUCAGCCAGGUCAGAUGGCAGGGCCUGGCUCCCUGCUGCCAGGCCAGCCCCUGCCAGGCCGGAUGAUGGCCGCGCCGCCCGGGAUGGCCCCGAUGGCCGGGACGCUGCUGGGGCCGCGCGUGCCGCUGGCCGCCCCCAACGGCAUGUAUCCCGGCCCGGCGCAGCCCCCGCCCGCAGAAGGAGUGACCCCCCCUCCGGCCGGGGCCCCGCCGGCCUCCGCCGCGCCCUAAGCACCCAGCAAGGAGGGAGGAACUUCCACAGUGGUGACCAAAAGAGAAUUCCUCAGUUCCCUUCUGUCCCUGGGAGGUGUCCCCUCCCAUCCCUGGUGUCACACGGGGUGCCAGCAGAGCCUCCCUGCAGCGGGGAGUCCUGCAGGGCCCUGCAGCCCCAGCCUGCUCCUCACUGCUUCCCUUCCCUCCCCUCGGUGCUCUCAGCUUGGCCCUGUCCCAGCAAGGGUGGAGUGAGCCAGGCUCAGUGUUCUGGGGGCUCUGGGCUCAGCAGAGCACCCAGGGAGAGGCCAAAGAGAGCUGGGGGCAGAGCAGGGGGUGCAGAGCUGGGGGCACGGGGCUGCCAGCCUGGGGAUUGCUGCAGCUGCCCCUAACUUAUUACAGGAAACUGAUCCCUGGGGCUGAGGCUGGGAGCGACUCCAUCCCAGUGAAACCAUCCAUGGGAGGAUUUCUGGCUCCAUUUUACCUUCCCUUUGCCUUUGGAGGUGGUAGUUGGACCUUCCCUGAGUAGUUCGGUGCAGUAGCCAACUGAGGAAUAACCCCCUGUUUUUAGUCCCUCUUUUUGGAGCAUAUACUUUGUACUUUUUAAAACUCAAAAAACAAACAAAAAAAAAAAAAUUAAAAAUUAAAGUAGGUAGCAGAGAAGUGCUAGAAUUUGGGAUUGGGUUGGGAUGGCUGGGAUGGGAAUGCCAGAACUACCUCUGGACGGCCAGGGCUGGGACAGCUCCUGGCACCCCCCAGUGCAGCUGCAGGGCUGGGCAAGGGAGCAGCUGCAGCAGGCACACCUGGGAGCAGCCCAGAGCUGCUGCUGCACUCCUCCAGGCUGCCAAAACCUGGGGAGAAGUCCUGCACAAAGUCCUUUUCUGUCCGUGGCUGGGGUUCUCUGCCUCAUCCAGGAGGUUUGGGGUUUCCCUGCCGAGGUCUGGACGCUGCUCCUGGGUUUCAGGGGGGCCUUUGGUCCAGCUGGGGCUUGAGGCUGGGCUGGAGAGAGACUCCCAAAAGCUCUGGAGCCCCCAGAACCACUUCCACCAUUUAGAAAUUAAGGAUUUGCCAGGUCUUCCAGCAGGACUCCACGGUGCCACAGAGAGCGGCCGGGGCCUUCCCAUUCCCUUCCCAAGGCUUCCUUCCCUCCAGGGUCUUUGGGGUGAGUGUGGGGUUUCUGGUGCAGCCCUUAGUCCAGUUUAGAGUAACCUCAGGUUGUUUUUAGCGUGAGUGAUCCCAGGAUCCAGGUGGAGACUAUUUUUUACUGUCCUAGUGCUGGUCCUGCCGAGGACCUGGAUCCUGGGCUCUGUUUUGUUUCUGUAUAAAUAAUCCCUGUGCCCACUUUUUCACCUGAUCUCUGUAUAGGGCCGGUUUGAUUCCUGCAGCAGCCACCCAAUUUUGUGAAAUAAAAGCAAAAAAAAGCGGUUUUUGUACAAA